GCUAAAUAUUGCGAGAACUCCGUGUUGCCAGAUUGUAAACAAUACCUCUGUAUUUCUAUGUUCGGUAAAAUAACUCUCUUGGGUUUUGGGUUGUACAGUAGUUGUGGUAUAAAUAUAUAUAUAUUUUUAAAGUUAUAGUUAGGGAUAAACAGUUAAUGGGAAGUUUUAUUUAUAUACCUCUCAACAAGUAUCUGCUACAAGUGCUACAGGACAAUCAAAUCAUGUGAAAAAGAAAUGAAAUAAAAUGACACGAAUUGAUAAAGUAAUCAAGUAAUAAAAUGAAAAAAUCUAAUAAUAAAAAAGGAGAAGACAGGAUAAAACAGAAUAACUCGAAAUGACAGAAACUGGACGCUUUUUUAUGCUUGUAACUUGAAGUAUUAAUCAUAUCAAUCUGGCAACACGGACCAGUGCACGUUCACGAUGGUGUACUGUUCCCAUGCCAACUACUACCACCGCUGAAGGCGUAAACAUGUCUGACAAGAAGAAGCAAAGCAAGCCCGGAAAGGCCAAGAAGGAGAGCAGAAAGAAGAAAGAGGAAGAAGAAUGGGGAUUCAAGGAGGAAGGGAAACUAUGAAAUGAAACUCUGCAGUGCUAGCUUGUGCAAGAUGAUCUGAGAUCAAAAUGGACCCCUUUUUCCCUCGUUAGCUCAUAUCCUUGCUCACAUUAGGAAGCUCGCCUGAUUGCAGAGAAAGAAGAGCAGGAGAGGCUGGAGAGAGAACAAAAGGAAGAGGAAGAACGACUGAGACUCGAAUUAAAGGACCGGGAGCGCAGAGAGGAUGAGCUGAAUGAACUGCGCCUCAUACUGGAGGAAAAGCAGAAAGACGUGAACAUGUGGGAAGCUGCAGCCAGGGAGAAGGCCGAAUGGGAUCGGUACAUGAUUUGUGAUGGCAGUCCAAACCCUGCUGUUCAACCCGAGAUCAACACCUUCAUCACUCUGUGGAAGGAGGACCCACAAGUGGACAUCCAGACCAUCCUACAACAAUUUACUUUGGCCUUGCGGCUAACAGAUGAACUGGAGCUUCUUUUGAGUGAGGAGACUGAACCUGGGAUUAUUCAGGUGUAUCAGGACACACUACAGUCUCUGCAGAGUCUCAUCCAUGCCAAACAACAGAUGGCCACUGAAGAGAUCCUGAAGUCAGCUACAACUUGUUCAGACAUCGAGACUGGGAACAUGCAGAUGAUAGUGCGAGAUGAUAACAUCACUCUAUGCUUGUGGGCUAAUAUAAAAAAAAAUCCCAAAUUUAAAGGCUACCAUUUCCAGGGGGCGGGGCUGAGUUUCGAGCUUCCUAAGCCGUUAACUCUGAGUGACAUUAGCGUGCGGAUCCUUCACACCCGCUACGAUCACCUGAGCCACCUGAGCCUCCGGACACAAGCUCAGAAUAAAAGUCCUGCUGCAGAAGAAGAAGCUGAAGCAGACGCUGAGACUCUCAGUGAGACCGCUAAAGCGCUGGAGGAUGGAGGGAUGAAGGGAGAAGACGAGGGGAGAAAAAGUGUACAGCAAGGAAAGGACGAUCUCCGGUCACUUAAAUCGUCUGAAGGCAAGAAGAGUAGGGUUAGUGUGCGUUCAGCUAAAGAGGGGGAGAAAAGUUCUUCACUAAAGCUACAUGAGGAGCCAGAGGAUCAUUCAGAGAGCAUCGUUGAAGGAGUGACCUCCUCUGGAGAAGCAGAAGACGACACUGACACCGAACCCACUGUAGUGCUGCCAGCGACCGAUAGCACCGAGCUGCACAUCGUGGAUCUACAUCGGUACACGCCCCUGGGCGGAGUCUACUACUUUGACGUGUUCCAUCUACCACCCCAGUCUCUCACCCUCAACGGCUGGGAGAUGACAGAGAUAUUGGUUACAGGCCUCCAGAACUUCCCGUAUCCUUCAGAACAGCCUCACAGCUCUGUGUCAGGACAGCUGGAGGACAGCGGGACACAGUCUUACCCACCUGUAGGGGUCACUGUCAUUCUACCCGAAUCUGUGAUCUUCAUGCAGGAACCACAGGUGGCACGAUGGGACCCAGUCGGUCAGCACUGGCGAACGGACUGCAUCACCGAGACGUCAUACAACAGCGAGGAGCGCAGCAUGUCCUUUAAGAUGGACACUUUCUAUGCCUUCACUCUGCUACAGGAGACACACGUUAACAUGCCGUUUCAGCAUUGGGAGCUUCGACCUCAGGGUCAGGACUCGGUCACGCUCACCAUCACCGCAGCACUCUGUGAAGUCAGGAUCACUGUCCAGGGGAAUCAGUGUGUGCUUCAAAUGGACCAGGCUCCUGGACUGAACCAUAUCCUGGGCAAAUGGAUGAGUCUCCCUGCUCUACAGACAGCCAUGAGACGCGCCGGAGUUAAUGUAUUUGUUAAUGAGUAUUCGGAUAAGUACGUUACUGUCAGUGCCAAGGACCCGCUGAUAGAGCACGCAGCGUACGAGCAGAUGGCCUUGGUGGCUUCAGCUUUUGUUUUUUCUCGGAGUCAGUGGAACGCUCAAUGCAGACAGGAGCAUCUCGUCCUUCAGGCAUGUGAGCACCUGGAGGCGGAGCCUGUGCCAGAGGAGGCGUGGUCUCUGUACUUGCUCACCGCUCAGAGGAGUCAGCGUUUGAAGAUGACUGAAACAAGUGACGGAUUCUCACCAGAGCUGGCCGAGGAAACAGAGUUCCACUCCACUUUUCUGCACAUGCUCAGAGACAUCGUCAGCCCGGAGGGGCGGGGCAAAUUAAACAACACCCCUUACCUUUUUGUUGAUACGGUGCAGAAACUGCUACGUGCCACCCGCUUGUUCACAUACUCCUGAUCUCUCCCUCACACACACACUUCACCAAAUUGAUCACAAUGACAUCUUUUUACCAUCACACACACCUCUACAGUUUUUAUAUAUAUAUUAGAUAUUUAUAUAUUCUUAACAGUAAAUAUUAAACUUUAAAGAGUCCAAUUCCUGGCACAUUAACCACUGAUUCAGACAUGUGAAAGCUUAUAGCACCUAAUUGUGCUGAAGGGUAUUGUUCAUUUCUGCUUGGGUAUAUAUACUUUUUAUAUCUGUUACCUGAUUUGUGAAGCUCAACACCCAUCUUUCACACUUGCAAUUAAAGUGCUGUUUUUACCCAUUGUAAUGCACGACCAAGGGAUUUUACAUGCGUGUUUAUACCUCAGGGAAACAGGACACAGUUAUAAAGUCAGCUACAGAACUCCCGAGGAAAAAUAAUACACUCUUCAAGAACGAAUUUAUUUGCAUUUCUUCAGGACGUCAAUCAUUUUAGCACACGUCCGAGCUAAAAUUCUACUGCGUGGAAGUUUUAAAUUGUGAGCAUUGCUCAUUUUUUAAAAUUUAUUCAUAUAUUUAUUUUUUACAAGGUGCCGAUAAUUCUGAAGAGCACCGGAGGUACUCCCCCCGCCCCCCCCUUUAUUGGCACAGACCCAUGGAGUCCAUUAGUACGAUGUUUAAUGCAAUUUUUGGCUGCCAGAACAUUUCCUUCCUCAGUACAAAGUCUAUUUCACUAAAAUUGCAAGUCACUAGUUUCCAAAUCAUGCUUAAAAUAUACAACUGACUGCAAAAAUUUACAUCCCCCACCCUUUCUGUACUUCCAUUUUCCCUCACCAAAAAAAACAUUAAUAAAAACUAAAAAAAAUAAUAAAUUCCAAUAAAACGAAAUGUGGGUAUAUCCUGCAACAAGAAAAGAUCAAUCCAGUACAUAAGCAACAAAGUAAUGUGGGAUUAUUUUUUUUUUUAAAGAAAUUACUAUAUUACAAUCAGAAAUAAAAAUGUAUUGGAAAUGGA